GAAGGGAGCUAGCGCGGCGGCAGCGAGGAGCGGAGCCUUCAACCUCUCUAGCCGCGGCAGGACGGGGGCGGCCGCCGCGGGCCCGGGGCGGGGACAGUACGCAGCCUCGCGGCACGCACCCCCGCCCGGCAACGGCCACGACACCCGGGGCGAGCGGGAAAGCGGCGGCGGCGGCGGCGGCGGGGGAAGGAUGCAGGGAAAGAAGCCGGGCGGCUCGUCGGGCGGCGGCCGGAGCGGCGAGCUGCAGGGGGACGAGGCGCAGAGGAACAAGAAGAAGAAAAAGAAGGUGUCCUGCUUCUCCAACAUCAAGAUCUUCCUGGUGUCUGAGUGCGCCUUGAUGCUGGCGCAGGGUACGGUGGGCGCCUACCUGGUGAGCGUGUUGACCACCCUGGAACGCAGGUUCAACCUCCAGAGCGCCGAUGUGGGUGUGAUCGCCAGCAGCUUUGAGAUCGGCAACCUGGCGCUGAUUCUCUUCGUAAGUUACUUCGGAGCACGUGGGCACCGACCGCGCCUCAUCGGCUGUGGUGGAAUUGUCAUGGCACUGGGCGCCCUGCUUUCGGCACUGCCUGAGUUCCUCACCCACCAGUACAAGUACGAGGCUGGCGAGAUCCGAUGGGGAGCAGAAGGCCGCGAUGUCUGUGCCACCAAUGGGUCCAGCAGUGAUGAGGGGCCCGACCCGGACCUAAUCUGCCGUAACCGGACAGCCACGAACAUGAUGUACUUGCUGCUUAUUGGGGCUCAGGUGCUCCUGGGCAUCGGUGCUACCCCCGUGCAGCCCCUGGGGGUCUCCUAUAUUGACGACCACGUGCGGAGAAAGGACUCCUCGCUCUACAUAGGAAUCCUGUUCACGAUGUUGGUAUUUGGACCAGCCUGUGGAUUUAUUCUGGGCUCUUUCUGUACCAAGAUCUAUGUGGAUGCGGUCUUCAUUGACACAAGUAACCUGGACAUCACUCCAGAUGACCCGCGUUGGAUCGGAGCCUGGUGGGGCGGCUUUCUGCUCUGCGGUGCCUUGCUCUUCUUCUCGUCCCUCCUGAUGUUUGGGUUCCCACAAUCCCUGCCCCCACACUCAGACCCCGGCAUGGAGAGUGAGCAGGCCAUGCUCCCAGAAAGAGAAUAUGAGAGGCCCAAGCCCAGCAAUGGGGUCCUGAGACACCCUCUGGAGCCAGACAGCAGUGCCUCCUGUUUCCAGCAACUGAGAGUGAUCCCCAAGGUCACCAAGCACCUGCUCUCAAACCCUGUGUUCACCUGCAUCGUCCUGGCUGCUUGCAUGGAGAUUGCUGUGGUGGCUGGCUUCGCUGCCUUCCUCGGCAAGUACCUGGAACAGCAGUUUAACCUCACCACUUCCUCUGCCAACCAGCUGCUCGGGAUGACGGCGAUCCCCUGUGCCUGCCUGGGCAUCUUUCUGGGUGGCCUUUUGGUGAAGAAGCUGAGCCUGUCUGCCCUGGGGGCCAUUCGAAUGGCCAUGCUGGUCAACCUGGUGUCCACAGCCUGCUACGUCUCCUUCCUCUUCCUGGGCUGUGACACAGGCCCUGUGGCUGGGGUCACUGUUCGCUACGGAAACAACUCAGCACGUGGCUCGGCCCUUGACCCUUACUCUCCGUGCAACAACAACUGUGAAUGCCAGACGGACUCCUUCACGCCAGUGUGCGGGGCCGAUGGCAUCACCUACCUGUCAGCCUGCUUCGCCGGAUGCAACAGCACGAACCUCACAGGCUGUGCGUGCCUCACCACUGUCCCCCCUGAGAAUGCCAGCGUGGUUCCAGGAAAAUGUCCCAGUCCUGGGUGCCAAGAGGCCUUCCUCACCUUCCUCUGUGUGAUGUGUGUGUGCAGCUUGAUCGGGGCCAUGGCCCAAACCCCUUCUGUCAUCAUCCUCAUCAGGACAGUCAGCCCUGAACUCAAGUCUUAUGCGCUGGGAGUUCUUUUUCUGCUCCUUCGUUUGUUGGGUUUCAUCCCCCCACCUCUCAUCUUCGGGGCCGGCAUUGACUCCACCUGUCUGUUCUGGAGCACCUUCUGCGGGGAACAAGGCGCCUGUGUCCUCUACGACAAUGUGGUCUACAGAUACCUGUACGUCAGCAUCGCCAUUGCGCUCAAGUCCUUUGCCUUCAUCCUCUACACCACCACGUGGCAGUGCCUGCGGAAAAACUAUAAACGCUACAUCAAAAACCACGAGGGCGGGCUGAGCACCAGUGAGUUCUUUGCCUCUACUCUGACCCUAGACAAUCUGGGGAGGGACCCUGUGCCCGCACACCAGACACAUAGGACAAAAUUUAUCUAUAACCUGGAAGACCAUGAGUGGUGUGAAAACAUGGAAUCUGUUUUAUAGUGACUACAGGAGGGCUGAACUCUGUAUUUGUGAACAAAGAGUCAUUUUCUUAAAAAAAAAAAAAAAGAAAGAAAGAAAGAAGGAAAGAAAGAAAAGGAAAGAAAGAAAAGAGGUUUUGAAAACAGAGAUGCACACUCUCUCACACACACACAUACACACAUACAUACACAUAAGACCUUUGUCCUUUUUCUAAAACUCAGAGCCAGUCAGGAUUCAGAAUAAAGAGAGAAGGGGAUGGCCCUGGAGGACAUACACACUGCUGGGCUCAGAAUCUGCUUGGAAGGCACCUCAUGGUUUUCACGAUGCCGACAGCUACAAGCAAGAGGCACUGCCAAAUUCAGGGAACACUUGUGGCCAGCUUGGAGGAUGGACAUCUCUGGAUAUGCAUACACAUACAAAACUUAAAAGGCAUUAAAAAAAUGAGUCUACUAAAAUCACAAGUUCAAGUUGAAAAACAUUACCAGAUUAAGCACUAGAGACACCCUCUCCCUCCAGUGGGGUGGGGGGGGGAUACAGGUUGGAGGGAUGGGAACCCCACUCCUCUUUCCAACUUUUGCAAUAUGGGUCACUGUGUAGACCACUCACUCAGUCUAUGUGUGGUUCAAGCCCCCAGAGUUCUCAAAGAGAUGCUGACGGGUUAUCCGGACUGGAGUCUGUGGUUGGCACCUCUCACCAGCUCCAUUUCCAUGUUCAAGACUGAGGGCCCAAAGGAGGGGCUGGGCGGGGAGCAUCUACCUCCCCGCCUCCUAACACCUCCUCCCUACCAGCCCCACAGUGUGACCUCAGGAAGCUGUGGGCCUCACCUGGCUAUGACUGACCCGCUCAGAGCCGGUGAGCGCCAAUAUAGCCCAUGUCAUUUGCUUACAUUUGCCAAACAUUUUGCCAUUUUUUUUCCAAAAACAACAACAAAAAAUAUAAAGCGUACGAAUUUCCAACUGUUGUAUGUAUAAUCCUCUAAUACUAUUUUUAACUGCUUCUAGAAUCUGUGUUAACCCUUCAGUCACUAACAAAGCUUUUACUUCUCUCCUUUUUUUAAUGCACCAAAAAUAUAAAGGGAUUCGAGGGAUGCAGUUAAUCUAUUGUAAUUUUCAUUCUUACUCUGAUACCAUGAAAACAAACAAACAAACAAAAUCAAAAACACAAUGUGGUAUAAGAAAAAGAUACUCCGGAAAGAGUGUAAAUGCAUCUUGAAAAUAAUCACAUCUGAGAUAAUGGGAUAAUGUGACAAGCUGCAAAUCUGCCUUCUGGCUUUAUCCCCUGUGAUGAUGUUACUGUCACAAGAAGCCCUUUUAUAGUCAUGCUUCAGGUCCAAUGGGCAUUCCUCUUAGCCUGUGAAGGAGACUCACUCAAAUGUGGGUUGAUGUGGAUGGGAGCCGUGCUCCUGGGGAUAGGAGAGAGAGGGUGUGUGGCUCCUGCCUACGACUGUUUUGUGAGCUGUGAUACUUGUGAUCAUAAACCCACAAGCUCCUAAGUGAUCACUGUCCAGUCCAUGAAAAUGUUAGUGACAGGUCCCAGGUCAGUCCUGAACUCUGUGCAUUGAAAGUGGCUGAACCUCAGAGCAUCACCUUGCCAUUUGGGAUAAGAAUCGUAUGGGUGUUGGGGGGAGGGAAGAUCUCUUGCACCAGCACACUUAAGACAAUGUGGCCUCUCUCAUCAGGGGAUGGAUCAGAUGGGAGCAUAUAUAUCCAUAGCAAAGGGUCCAGUCAGCUCACCCUUCAUACCUCUUUAUUGACCUUUUUUGUAGACAUACAUACGGUACCAAAGUCGACCACAAAGGAUGCUUGGUUUCAUUUUUCCACCUUAAACAUCCACUCACCUGAAGCAAUGAAAGAAUAAGGCCAGAAGAGUAAAGACAUGGAUGUUGUGCCAUAUUUUCUUUUUACAGAUAGUAUAAGUGGGGAAGACUAGGUAAUAGCCUCAAAGUAGAGAAGACAUCAAGCAAAGGCAACUGAGAAAAUGUCUGUGUGGCAUUGUGGCUAUGGUUGACCAUCUCAUUCAGGGUGCUUCUAAAACAGCCCUCCCAUCUGUCUACCAGGAGUUAGCCUAUCCUUGUUGAUGAACAUAGGGUGCUCAUCAGUAUAGUAACUAGGAAUGGGGAACAGUUCUCCAAACAGUUUGUAAGGUGAUGUUCUGUCGCUCUGAAGGCUUUGAUCAUGCUCCAAACAGGUUUUGGUUCAGUCUUGUUUUGAAAAUGAAUGACUAAUGGGUGACCGCCCUCUCUGUCGUGUGUCUUUGCAAACGGAGGCCCUGGGAUGUACUCUGUUUCAUGACAUGAUUUGAUUUGAUUUUUGGAAAAAAAAAUAAUGAUUUUUAAGCUCUUUGUAUCUUGGAUUUUUUUCCCCUUAAAAUGUUCUUAAAGAUAGCAAUGGAACCC